AUGCUUCAAGCUUCUAUAGAUCUUGCUUUAGCUCAACAACAAGGUUCACGAGUUCUGACUACAGAAGAUCUAAUGUUUCUUAUUCGACACAAUCAAGCAAAAGUCAAUCAAUUGAGAAAUUACCUUGGAUGGAAAGAUGUCAGAAAGAAAGCAAAAGACAAUGGAACGGAUGAAAAAGAUAUAGAAUCAAUUGAAGCUGAAUCAAAUGGACAAAAUAAUCAAAUGAAAUUUCAUUAUACUGAUAUGUUGAUUGUAAAUGAAGAAACCAAAGAUCAAGAUGAUAAGGAAGCCUACGAGGCCUUUGAAAAACAUUUAAAGAAGUCUGUUGGUCUAUCUAACUGCAUUGAAAGUAAUCCGACAGAUGAGGUAGUAGAUAUUCUAGGAUUUCGCUCAUACAAAAUGCUCAGAUCCCUGUGUGAAAGAGGAUUAGCAGUAAAACACGAUUACAAACUAGCCAGGAUGGCCAGAGUGAACGGAACAGAUGGGCAUGAUGAUGAUUAUGAUGGAUCAGAAGACUUCAAACGUCCUAAACCAAGUGGACCAUUCUCAGUUCCUAGUACACCUCAACCCAAUUUACCUUCAUUUCUCACUCUAAGUAGAACUAGUUUUUUGGAAGAUCCAUUUGGAAUCACAGAUAAAUCUGCAGGGAAAGUCACUGAGAAAGAAAUCGAAGGAGGAAAAGUGUUUGUACCUGAACCAACUCGUUCUCCUUUAAGGAUAGCUGGUGUUGAAGAUGCUUAUUUAAUGAUGCGAAUGGGUAGAGUGAAAACAAAGACCAGCGCUUUGAGAAACUUUACGGGUGGGUUUGUGAGAAAUAAAGUUAGCUUGAUCGUCAAAAAAUACUACUUGGCUCCUUUUCAAUCUCCAAUCCCCUGA